AAAACCCUAACCGAUUGAUAACCCGCAUAAACCCUAAUUGGCAACUGGAAGUUCCUCUCUCUCUCUCUCUCUCUCUCCACAUACUACCACCAGUACUCCUCAAUGAAGAAGAGACCUCGGGAGCCCAAACCUCUUCUUCCGUUUCUAGCAUCGGCCACCGGCCCUGCCUUAAUCAAACACUUGGCCUCAUGCAAUACCACUGUCAGAUCUCAAUCCUUAAGGCUUCUCCAGUCUUGGCUCGCCUCAGAGUCGCAGCAGCUCGCGGAUUCUGAUAUCAAGAAGCUUUGGAAAGGGCUCUUUUAUUGCCUCUGGCACGCUGACAAAACCCCCAAUCAGCUAGCCCUAAUCAAUCGACUCACCAAUCUGUUUCUGUCGCUCCAGCCCUCGCUUUCCUUGGAGUUCUUUCGUGGGUUUUUAGUUACCCUUCGGAGGGAGUGGCCUGGUAUUGACCGGCUGAGGUUGGAUAAGUUUUACUUGUUGAUACGCCGUUUUGUGAAGGCGUUGUUUGAGUUGAUGAGGUUGAGGAAAUGGGAUGUGGAUGUUUUGGGGGAAUAUUUGGGGGUGUUGGAGAAUGAUGGGUUCUUGGCGGAGGACAAACUGCAGGGGAAUGGGGUGAAUUAUCAGGUGGCGUCUGUAUUUUUGGAGGAGCUGAAGGGGGUUGGUUUUCCUGUGAGGAAGGAAGUGGUUGAUGUGAUUCUUGGACCAUUUUUUUCGGUUAUGAUGAGGAGUAAGGAUAAGAUUUUAUUGGGGAAGGUAAAGAGUUGCCUAUUUGAUGAGUUGGUGAAACUAGGGAAGGAACUGUUGGCAAAGAAGAGGACAGGAGUGGAUUGUGAUGAAAAGGAUGCGGAUAUGUUGUUGGGGGUGGUUGCUUUGAGAAUGGGGUUAUCCGCGAGGUUUUAUGAGGUUGGUUCAUCGGCGGACUGCAUUCAGGCUAAUAGGAAAGUUGUAUUGGGGUUGCAUGAUGAGUUUCUGAAGUUGGAAAAAGAUUUAGAAUCAUCUGGUGUUGAAAUUGGUAUACCUGAAUACGGUGAUGCAGGUGAUUGUGGUGAGCAUGAAGAGGUGCCUCAGUUGAUCCCUAUUGAUUAUGAUGCUAGUAAGAGUAAUGAGGAAACAAGGACGCAGGAAGGGGCUGAUAAUGCCUUUAAGAAGAAGAAAAAGAAGGCAAAAAAGGGGGUAGAUGGAGAUGAUAAGAAGAGGAAGAAGAAGAAGAGAAAAGAUGAAAAUGGGGUUGCCAAGGAUAACUCUGCAGCUGAGGAAAAUGGUGAUUUAGAUAGGAUUAAUGGCACCGAGAAUCUGUAUUUGCAUAUUGGUUCUGAGAAUAGUCUAAGUAAUAACCUGGAAAUUGAUGGAACUUCAGUGGAUUUGAAUGAAAACGUGAUACUGAAUCUUCAGAAACAAUUUGAGAAAGUUGCUACCGAAAUGGGUUCCGAGAGUGAUGAGGGUUCAGAUUUCUCAGAUACUCCUCUAGUAUCCAAGAGGAAGAGAACGAAAGGUGCAGAUGUGCAGGAGCCUGGCAAUCCGAACACAAAUUUGACUGGAGAUGGAGGUGAUGCUGCAAGGAGCAUAGAGAAGAGUGCAAAGAAGGUUAGGUUUGCUAUGAAGAAUAACCUGGUUUGGAAGCCACAGACUCCAUUGCCUCCUGAAAGUUUGAGAUUGCCACCAUCUGUCACUCCAAGGGGUAGUGCAUUGAAGAAGGGGGUCCCCCCAGGGCCUAUUAUAGAGAUGCCAUCUGUCAUGAAAAAGGCAAAGCAGAAGAAGAAAGCUCUAAAUAGGUUGAAGAGUGCCACACCGUUGAUGAAGCGGCGGAAAAAGAUGCAAACACGAUCUGUGUGAUAGUAUUCAGGUUGAAGGAUUGUUUUCUUUAGAUGCUUGUUUCUUUAUUUAUUUCCGGCUACUUGAGUUUUGACAUGCUUUCUUCAAUUUGAUUAGUGAUAACGUGUUGAAGUUGUGCUCUAAAACUCCUAGUGGCUUGUAUUUGGUUCUCUUUUACUUCAAUUUUACAAUUUACUGAGAGCUGCACUGACAUACACUGAUGUUAUAAGAAAUUGAGGGUUGUCUUACAGCUAUUUGGGCAA